GAACUGGGCUGAACAACUGGAUGAGAUGCUCUACUUUCCCCUUCUCCAAAUACUUCAACUUCAUCGUCUUUAUCACCUUCUUUAUCAUCAUCCAACUCAAUAGACUUCUGUCUAGCAUUCUUCUUCAAAUAAUCACUUGGUAUGAGCUACGUAGUAGAUUGCAAACUAAUCAAACUAUUGAUAAAGCUGCUCAGCGACAACUUGAGAAAGAAAAGGACCAUUGGAGGAAAGUUUUAUUUAGAAUUGUGGGCAUAGUAAAAUUUCUUGCCAAACAUAAUCUUGCAUUUCGUGGAAGUAAUAGCAAACUAUAUGAUGAUAGCAAUGGAAAUUUCUUGGGCUUAGUAGAGAUGUUGGCUGAAUUUGAUCCAAUUAUUCAAGAGCAUGUCCGCCGUAUUACAAAUGAAGAAACUCAGGUUCAUUAUCUUGGUCCUAGGAUUCAGAAUGAGUUGAUACAUUUGCUUGCUUCUGCUAUUAAGUCCAAAAUUAUUAAGAAAAUAAAGAGUGCAAAGUAUUUCUCUGUCAUACUUGAUUGUACCCCGGAUGCAAGUCACCAAGAACAAAUGUCUUUAAUUAUAAGAUAUGUGGACUCGUCGUCAGGUCUUGUUCGCAUUGAAGAAUCCUUUCUAGGAUUUUUAGAUGUAAAUGACACGACUGGACAAGCACUUUUUGAUGUACUAGAGAAUGAGCUAAAGGUUCUUGAUCUUGACAUAGAUGAUGUGAGAGGACAAGGCUAUGAUAAUGGGUCAAAUAUGAAAGGAAAACAUCAAGGUGUACAAAGGAAACUUUUGGAUGUAAAUCCCAGAGCUUUCUAUUCUGCUUGUGGUUGUCAUAGCCUUAAUUUAACACUUUGUGAUAUGGCUACUAAGACUUGUGGCAAAGCUAAAGACUUUUUUGGAAUCAUCCGACGUAUCUACACAACGUUUUCUAACUCUACUAAAAAAUGGAAGAUUCUAAAAGAUAACAUAACUGGAUUGACUCUCAAGUCAGUUUCAGCUACAUGAUGGGAGAGUCGCAUUGACAGUGUUAAAGCUAUCAGAUUUCAAUGUGCAGACAUUUGUGAGGCUCUACUUGAGGUAUCUGAUACUGAUAAUGAUCAGGCUAAAGGUCUAGCAAAUAAUGAACUUGGACAAUAUGAAUUUAUAGUGGCGGUAGUCAUUUGGUA